AUGACCAGCGGCGCUUGGAUGCAGCCACGGGAACACGAGGCCGCCGCCGCCGCCGCCGCCCUAGCCGCCCGCCCGGGCCCGCCCGAGAAGCCGUGCGCCGACUCGGAGCGGGCGCAGAAAUGGCGCUUGUCGCUGGGCUCGCUGCUCUUCUUCGCCGUCCUCCUCUCCGACCGCCUGUGGCUCUGCGGCGCCGCCGCCGGGACGCGGCUCCGAGCUGAGGCCAGAAGCCCGGCCAUGUCGGCGGCCGGGCCCGCCCUGGUCGGAGGGCCGCGCAACCGGAGCGCCGAGGGCCCGCCGGCCCCCCCGCCCUGCUCGCCCGCCGCCCCGGACCGUCGCCCGGACCUGAGCUCGGCCUGCUCGCCGCGGCGCCUCUUCCAGCAGGGCUCUCUGGCCGCCUUCGCCGCCGUGCCUCUCCGGCUGCCCGCGGCCGCCGCCCUCGCCGCCGCCGCCGCCGCCUCCUCCUCUCCCCAGCUGGACUUCCUGGAGGGCCACUUUCGGACCUUCCGCCUCCCCUUUUGUGACGCUUACACGGCCUGGGACUUGCUGCUCGGCAUGGCCGGCCCGGAGAGCCUGGACUGCACCUUGGCCAACCUGCUGAUGGAUUUCCUGUCCGCUGCGGCGGGAGCCCAGCGCGGGGAGGCCUGCAGCAGCUGCUUGGAGGCGUAUCAAAGGCUGGACCAACACGCUCAGGAAAAAUACGAGGAGUUCGAGCUUGUGCUGGAGAAAUACCUGCAGGCCGAGGAUUAUUCUGUGCGCUCCUGCAUCAGAGACUGCAAGGCCGUCUACAAGGCUUGGCUGUGCUCUGAGUAUUUUGAUGUGACCCAACUACAGUGCCAGCACCGGAUUCCAUGCAAGCAAUACUGCCUGGAGGUGGAGACGAGGUGCCCCUUUGUGUUGCCUGACAACGAUGAAUUGGUCUACGGAGGGCUGCCCGGCUUCCUCUGCACAGGGUUGUUGGAGAGCCAGCUGCCCGACCCGGAAGCGAAGUGCUGUGACGUGCAGUGGGACUCCUGCGAUCCCUACCCAGACCGCAGCAACAACACCUCCACCACAUCCCCCGAGUCGGAGUCAUCCCACAACCCCCGCCAUGACGGCCCCCAUCACCAGCAAGAGCAGCGGCGGCAGCAGCGGCAGAAGGAGGAGGAGCAGCAGGAGCAGAAGCAGCAGCACUACCACCUGUACUACCACCACCACCAGUACCCUCCCCCGUCUCUGCUGCCGGUCUCUGCAGGGUCUCGCCUCAGCCACAGCAAAAUCCGGCUCUGCGUCCUGGUCCUCAUGCUCCUGCACACCAUGGUCUCCUUCUCCGGUGUGCACAGCAGCGAAGGCCUGAGCCUGGACGUCCUUCCCGCCGUGGAGGAGAGCACCGCCAGGGACGAGUGACCGA